AUGGCGAGCAUAGUCGUCAUAACGACGCAGGACGACGCGGCGCACGCGUUUCCGGAGUCCUCAAUCGACGACCGCCUGCUCAUCCCAGGCCUGCCAAACGAAAUCGCCAUUCGCUGCCUCGCCCGCGUGCCCUACAUGCGCCGCCUCCGCCUCGGCCUCGUCUGCAAAUCCUGGCGCGACGCGUUUCGCGGCGGGACGAUUUACAAUAUCCGGCAGCGGGAGAAGAUUCUGGAGGAGCUUCUUUGCGUCUCGUUUCUCGACAAGGCACACGGCCGGCUGGUUCUGAAAAUCCUCGACGAAGGUUCGCGGAAAUGGGCGCCGCUUUCGACGGAGUACCGGCAUACCAAGUGCAAGGUGCGCAGCUUCCACUGCCGCGCGUUCCGCCACAAGGUGUUUGUGUUCACGCGCGACGAGUGGGCGCUCGUCAAGGACAGCAACCUCGCCAUGCUCGGCGUCACGCGCGCGGGCGCGGGCCCGGGCGCGGGCGUGGGAGGGGGUGAAGGCGGGGGAGGAGCAGCGGAUGUAGGAUUAGGGGGAGCGGUUGAGGCGGAGGGAGGGAGGGGAAGGAGAGGCGGGGAAGGGGACAGGGAAGGGGGAGGAGGGGACGGGGAAGGGGGAAGGGAAAGGGGAGCUGAAGCGGGAGAAAGGAGGGAAAUUGCGGGUGGGGCUGCGGAAGCUGGCCGGGUGGGUGGGCGGAAUGAUCGCAACAUGAUACAUGAGUACAAUCUGGAGAGCAAGCAGUGGGAGCCGGCCGUGCCACUGCCCUCACGCCACCGGUGGGCAGGGUCGUUCCGCCAGUGCUACUUCCUGGUGUCUCUGGACGGCAAGCUCUGUGUGAUUGACACGUGGCAAGAGAAAUGGCUGUGGGUAACAGGGAAGGUGAAAGCGAAUGCCAGCUUUUUGGAGUUUGCUGGGGAGGCAGCUGAGGAAAGGGUGGGUGGCGGUUUGUUGGGCGGCAGUAGGGCUGUUGACGGUGCAACAGAUUCUGGGAGGAGGCGAAUUGCCAGAUGUCAAUCCGCAAGUGGGUUGAGAUACAGCUGGAGCAGAGUCCAUAUGCCCGUGGAGACAGAUGGGAGGGAACUAGCAGGAUAUGCUGUGUUUCAAGUGUAA